UCGUUAAUGAACGAUGCAUUCCUAGGUUUCACGUCUUCAGGGAAAUAUGGUGACUGAGGGCUGAAGGGGUUAAGGAGGUGUAGCCGCCGGUAAGAGCUCCAGCCAGAAAGAUCUCCAACACAACUGAUGUGAGACACGCAGUCCCAGUGAGCAGCGAGAAAAAAAGACGCUCGACGUGCAAGAGGAAACAGAACAGACACAUGGCAACAUCACACGGCUUGAGCGCUCAUCUGAAGAGUUGCGCCUCCGCACCCUAAAUGUCACCAAGUACGCGCACUCAGGACUCUUCAUCCUGAACCGGAGAGGACGUCACAGUUUAUUUUUCUUUCUGACACCUCGCGGACACGGAGGUGAACCCUCGGAUAAAGUGGAAGUGGCAGUGUUAGGAUAAGCAGCUGAUGGAUGAAGUUGUCUGGGCGGCGGCGCGCUCUCUGUCGUACGUAUAGCGCCGCGCACUGCUGAGCGCUUUCUGACCCGGAGAAGCGCAUCACCGACCCGGCCACAGUGUGCUACCAUGCCGGUGAGACGCGGACACGUGGCUCCCCAGAACACUUUUCUGGAUACCAUCAUCAGAAAAUUCGAAAGUCAGAGUCGAAAGUUUGUCAUAGCCAACGCAAGGGUGGAGAACUGUGCCAUCAUCUUCUGUAACGAUGGCUUCUGUCACAUGUGUGGCUACACGCGGGCCGAGAUCAUGCAGAAACCAUGCACCUGUGACUUCCUGUAUGGGCAAAACACCAAACGUCUGGCCAUCGCGCAGAUGGCGCAAGCCCUGCUGGGCUCUGAGGAGAGGAAAGUGGAGAUCACACUCUACAGGAAGGACGGUGUGGGUUUCCUGUGCCUGGUAGAUGUGGUGCCAGUCAAGAAUGAGGAUGGUGUGGUGAUCAUGUUUAUUUUAAACUUUGAAGUCAUGAAUGACGACCGACUACGCAACCAGAACCAGGGGCUUAACCAUCGCCUGCCUCUCCCCUGGUGUUCCACAAUGCGAGCGCGGCGUAUCCGUCUACAUCUGCCUCUCCUUCAGUCGCACAGUAAUAGCAAAUCAUCCGUACACGAGGAUCCCGAGGCUGCCCGCAGCGCCAGUAUCCCCGGCACUUCAAGCUCCCGCCUGGGCAGCAGUCAUGAAUCUCUGGCCCUGGGCGAGCUUCUCUCGUUGCCCGAACGUGAGCAGGUGUGUCUCUCUGCCACCACCCCUUCUGCCGCAAUGUCGUCCUCACUGUGGCCUGAGGACAGGCGCACUCUCCUGGGAAGCGAGUCCACACCACCUCCUCCAGCCCCUCCACACCCAUCCACAUUGCCCCUGGGACAGUCCUCACCCCAAGCACACAGGCUCAAUCCAGACUCGACUUCCAACUGCAGUCUUACAAACAGCCGCUCGCGUGAGAGCUUCCACAGCAUGCGACGCGCGUCCUCUGUUGAUGACAUUGAGGCCAUGAGGCCUGAAUGGGAACGGAAACACAGCGUGCGACCCACGAGCAGCAGCACUGGUGCAGUGAACAACAAAUCCAGCAUCCUGAACUCUACCUCUGAUUCAGACCUAAUGCGCUACCGGGCCAUCAGUAAGAUCCCCCAGAUCACCCUUAACUUUGUGGACUUUAAACCUGAUCCCCUCAUCGCUCUUCCUCCAGGGGAGAUGGACAUCAUCGCUCCCUGCAAGCUCAUCGACCGCACACACAACGUCACAGAGAAGGUCACACAGGUCCUGUCGUUAGGUGCAGAUGUCCUCCCUGAGUACAAGCUGCAGGCGCCGCGUAUCCACAAGUGGACUGUGCUGCACUACAGCCCCUUUAAGGCUGUUUGGGACUGGCUCAUUCUGCUGCUGGUGAUCUACACGGCCAUUGCGACACCAUACAGCGCCGCCUUCAUGCUGAGUGAUGCGGAUGGGAGCCAGUCGGUCUGUAAUUACUGCAGCCCGCUCGGUAUAGUGGACCUCAUUGUUGACAUCAUGUUCAUCAUCGAUAUCCUUAUCAACUUUCGCACCACCUACGUUAAUGCCAACGACGAGGUAGUGAGCCAUCCUCUGCGCAUUGCUGUGCAUUACUUCAAAGGCUGGUUCCUUAUUGACAUGGUGGCUGCCAUUCCUUUCGACUUGCUCAUCUACCGAGCUGGGGAAGAGACAACCACACUUAUCGGCCUCCUGAAGACGGCGCGGCUCUUGCGGCUGGUCCGAGUGGCACGUAAACUGGACCGCUACUCGGAAUAUGGUGCAGCUGUGCUGUUUCUCCUUAUGUGUACCUUUGCCCUCAUUGCUCAUUGGUUGGCCUGUAUCUGGUACGCCAUCGGGAGUGUCGAGCGCACUGGUGCUAUUGGCUGGCUCCACACGCUGGGAGAUCAGCUUGGGAAACCUUACAAUAACUCCGAUCCCAGGGCAGGCCCCACAAUCAAGGACAAGUAUGUGACUGCUCUCUAUUUCACCUUUAGCAGCUUGACCAGUGUGGGGUUCGGCAAUGUCUCACCCAACACCAACUCAGAGAAGAUAUUCUCCAUUUGUGUCAUGCUUAUCGGCUCGCUAAUGUAUGCUAGUAUUUUUGGGAACGUGUCAGCCAUCAUACAGAGGCUUUACUCAGGUACUGCACGCUACCACACUCAGAUGCUCCGGGUCCGAGAGUUUAUUCGCUUCCAUCAAAUCCCCAACCCGCUCAGACAGAGACUGGAGGAGUAUUUCCAACAUGCCUGGUCCUACACCAACGGCAUUGACAUGAACGCUGUGCUGAAAGGCUUUCCUGAGUGUCUACAAGCUGACAUAUGUCUGCACCUAAACCGCACACUCCUUCAGAACUGUAAAGCUUUUAAGGGCUCUACUAAAGGUUGCCUGCGAGCUCUGGCCAUGAAAUUUAAAACCACCCAUGCUCCUCCAGGUGACACGCUGGUCCAUGCUGGUGAUGUGCUCACAGCCCUCUACUUUAUUUCCCGUGGAUCUAUCGAGAUACUACGUGGGGACGUUGUUGUAGCCAUCUUGGGUAAAAAUGAUAUAUUUGGAGAGCCUAUAAACCUCUAUGCUCGACCAGGCAAGUCCAAUGCUGAUGUCCGGGCUCUGACCUACUGUGAUCUACACAAGAUCCACAGAGAGGAUGUGCUGGAGGUGCUGGACAUGUACCCUGAGUUCUCGGAUCACUUCUGGAGCAAUCUAGAAAUAACCUUUAACCUGAGAGAUACCAACAUGAUUCCUGGGUCACCAAGCAGCGACGAGUCUGACUGUACCAGUUUCAACAGACUCCGCAAAAGAAAGCUUUCCUUCAGGCGGCGAACAGAAAAAGAUGAUGCAGAUGCAGGAGAGAUCAAGAAGAAUCAAAAGUGUACACGGCGGAACAGGAAGCAGGCUAGGAGUAACCAGAAUGAAGGACUGAAGCCAGACUGGGAGGGGCCUCAGAGUUCCAUCUCCUCACCAUCCAGUGAUGAUGAGGGGGGAGAGCUUGUUCAUAUAUGCCCCACUCCUCCAACAGCACUGCUGGAACUCUCUCAAGCUCAAGGCACUUCUGGGAGCUUUAAUGACAACCCUGAGGGAGAGGGAGAUCCUAAAACAGGCAACACCUGUAAUGCUCUAUCAGGUGCUUUCUCAGGUGUGUCCAACAUCUUUAGUUUCUGGGGUGAGAGUCGGGGACGGCAGUACCAGGAGCUGCCCCGCUGUAACCUCCCAUCCUCGCCAUCACAGCACAACACCCCUUUACACAGCAUCUCAAGACAGCAGCAUAGCCAGCUAGAGAACAGACUGGACAUGCUGCAGAAACAACUCAACAGGCUGGAAACCCGAAUGUCCACAGACAUCAGUGCGAUAAUGCAGUUGCUCCAAAGACAGAUGACGCUGGUGCCGCCAGCUUACAGUACAGUUUCCUCACCACCCCAAGCGUCACUGUAUCUUAGCCCAAGUCCAUGUUCUGGAGAGAGACUCAGCCAACCUGUUACUCCUCCAGGGUCUGAGAGACUAGCCUCAUUCUCACAGUUUCUGGACCCUCAGGACUUUGAGGAACUCCCCGGCAAGUCAAGUGACUCCCCCUGCUCUAUGACAGAGCUGCAUGCAGCAGAGAUGCACAUGCUUAGACCGAGUGAUGUCCCCCUGCAGGUUUUGUCCAACCUGGAGCAUCAGACUGAAUCUACGGAGUCCAGUAGUCAACGGCGGUUCUCUCUUCAGGAUUCACACACUCCUCUGGACACACGGACACCGCAAAGAUACAGCUCUGAUCCUGGAAGCUAGGGAGGAAGGGAAAGAGAGAGGAUGAGGAAACGAUGUGUGAGGGGAGGAAACAUUAAUGGAAUGUUGCUUCCCGUUCUCCUGUCUCUCACCUAGUUUCAGUCGUCGACUCUCUUUGUUUCUGGCUCAUUGGUGGGCUCUUCCAUAUGUUGCUGGUUUGCACUGAAAAAGGCUGGAUGUGAAUUAAAGGAGGAAA